UUCCACCCUUUCAAAUUGGCGUGCCGGUAGCAUCGCCUAGAAGCUACCAGAAGGAAAACUUCUUGUGGUAUUUUCACGAAGCCAAAAGUUUUUAAUCAGAAAAGACUUCAAGAAGAUUCCUUUUAGCUGAUGGUCCCGAUCAAUCUGACUUUAUACGUGUAAUUUAUCACGAAAUGACGCAGGUAAAGAACCAGCGUGCUGUAUCUCAUUCAUUCAUUGCAUCAUCCUCUGAUAUUACAGGUCACGUCUGGAAAUAUAAACAGGAUAAUGAUUCAUCGUGUUUAGAACCUGAGAGAAUACAGCGGAUGAAACUACAAACACACUAUGGACUUGAUUGAGAAACACGAAUUUACCAAGAAGACUCAAUUUCCUACAAGAAGGUCAAGUGACAUUUUGCCCCGACGAUCAGUAAAUACUUUGUGGCAUCGUAGUCCCGAAAAAAUCGCUCGUAGACUUGCUCAAGCUUGCGAAAACAGUGUAGAAGUAACAUAUUGUCAAACAAAAAUUGAAGGAGACUUUACCAGCAAAGAAAUAUGUUGGAUCAAAUGGUGGUGACAUUAAUGGAAGGCGCCUUUGUAUGCGUCGGAUUUCCUUAUGUCGCAAAAUUGUGCAGAAACGUGUUAGAUUCGUUGCUCAAAGGACCAUACUUGCCUUUUUGCAGACCUGCAGUACAAAACAAGGUUCCCCACCAAAACACAACUGAAAGGAUGGGGGUAACUGGUCAAGUUUUAUCUACUAAUGUGCUCAUUGGUUUGAAACCACAAACAGAAAACUAUAUAUCUCCACUACAUUUUCAAAGCUGUUGGCAAUUCUAUCCAAAUCACUCUGGAACAAACACACUGCAAACAUUUUGGGGUAGUAGUAUUGGUGAAACAAAGUUGGAAAACUCUACCCAGGUUAUGCAGCACAGGUCAAAGAAUUGUGAGGGAAUGAACAUGGCUGCCUACCAACUGAACAGGCCCAAAGAUUUUUAUGGUCAUUUCAGAUCAUCCUCUGGUUUUCCAGCUUGUCUUGAAAGUGAACAGCAUUGCAACCCGAUGGAGAUUUCACACAAUGUCAUGCAGGAUGACAUUUUAAAAAAGGACUGUAAUGAGGCUCAAACAGAGAGGGGAUGCAGUGUGGUAUCAUUCUUGAUGUUCCCUGAUGCAAAAUGUAAGGAUGAUGAUGACAAAGACCAACUAGAUUUACCUGUCAAUGACUGUGUCUACAAUGCAGAUGGUCAGCUUGUACGCAUGUUUAUUUGUUUUGGUACUGAGCAGUCUGAUACAUCAAGUGUUGCACUUUCAAGUGAUUCUGGCUGUACUGACUGGGACUCUGACUCUGAGGAUUUUAUAAUAUUUGACAAUUCAUUUACAGGUGAAGGCAACUGUUGUACAAGGAUUGAUUUUGUUUGUGGACAGCAUGAACUUCCCAAAGAGGGUGAAACAAAAUCUGUGCUUCAGUCACCGAGAAUGUACUGUGAAGUUUCAGUAGUGGAAUCAGUUGAUAUAAAAUUGGAUUUCCUUAUUCAAGAAAUGGUGCCACCUAACUUGCAUUAUGCCUCUGAGAAGUUGACUUCCCAAAGAGAAAGUUGUGAAGAAACAGAGAUGAAGAGCAACAAGGAUUUCAUUUCCAGGAACAUUCCUGGUCAAACUGUGUCUGACAAUAAAAAGAAAAAGAAAGUUUGCUUUAAACCUGAUGAUGAACUCACUGUCACUCAUCCAAUGAUUGUCUGGAGCUUUGCUUACAAACAGGCUCGUAAAGGAACCUGGGAGACGGAACAACUGGACCGACUUCGUUUUCAGAAGAGAAUUAAGGAACUUGAUAAAAUUUUAACUCCUGUUUUGCUGGCAAAGAUAGGAAAUGCUGUUUAAUCUUUAUAGUCACAGUUUGUAGUGCUUACAAAAUAACUACUUGUGCAUUUCAUACAUUUUGAUAGGAACUAUGGACGCUGUAAUAAAUUAUUAAGUAUAAUAUAUUAAGUAUCUGAUUUGUUAGUGCAUGCAAGAUUCAAUUUUUUUAUUCUGUUGACCUAUUUUAAGAAUCAGCAGUGCUGAUUAAGUUAUCAUCAAUUCAUGCAAUGUGUUUUGAUGCUGCUGUAAUAAUUAUCAAAUCUUAUUUUCUCAAAAAAGAAAUGUUGUAGACAGUUAAUAACCAAUUGUUAAACCAUUCGAUGAAUCAUAAUACAAAGGGAGUUGGAUGAGUUGGAGUUGGACGAGUUGCAAUGAAUGAAACAAUUAUUUAAGCAGUAGCAGAUUGUUUGUUUUUGUUUUUGAAUGAACUUGAAAAACUGUGAUGAAGUAACAGAAGCUAUUUUUUAAAGAUAAUAUCCAUUGAAAAAAGCCAAUUUCUUUGUUAUUUAAAAGGUGUUCUAUGUUCCCCAUUAUAUUAGGAUGAAAUUUUGUGGCAAAAUAAGGCAAUUAGAUAAUUAUUAUUUUUACUGAACUUUAAAUUUCAGUGAAAAUUUCUUUAAGGCAUUACUGACUUUGUUAAGGUUUCACAUGUUUGUUAGGAUCUUUGAAUGAAUACUAUAAAGAGGGUAGCAAAGGGGGUGGGAGGUCCUGAUUCUGUUUCUUGUGCAAAUUUUAGAAAAAUUCAUGCAUUACAUAUUUAGAAGGGAAAACUUGAAA